CUGAGGCUGCUGUUGUGUCACGUGAAAACAUGGCUCCAACAAGCUCAGAAGAAAACAUAUUUGGUUGACUGGUUGUCGUUUAUUUUCUGACUCUUUUUUUUUCCCAAACUGUAAAAAAAAUGGCGAAAGUAGAUAUUGUCCCGUGGCGUGUUUUCACUUCAUAAAGUUGAUGUGGAACUAAUCCGUCAUGUUUGAAAGCGACGGCACAGCGUUAGCUUCGCGCUAGCUGUCAGCUGCUACAAGUGUGGAGAGGAAAGGAUAGAAGAAUCGGUUGCAUUUGCCUUUGGCGUCUGUGGUUUCUUUCUCAAUGGAUGUUGGAAAUUUGCCUUCUAUGAAAGACACAGUUGGACAGUGGUACUCCUAACACCAUGGAUUGGCUAUCGCUUGCAGUAGAGAAAGACUUGGGAAUUGACCGACGACAGCAAGGCCCAGGUCCCCGUCCACGGGAGCUUGUCGCCAUUGUUCCUACGCGGUGGGUGGUGGGCCUUCGGGAGGGAAAGGUCACUCGAUGUGCCCGCCUGGACAAUUUCAGUGAGGCAGAAAUUCGCACAUACCUUCAGUGUAUCCAGGCGAAGAUACCUGCUGGGUGGACACGAGUGUCCAUUCAGGGUCUGAGGAAAAGUAAGCUGAACUACAGCUUGGCCAGAGACCCAUGUUCUCAACAAAUGGAAUUCACACUACAAGACUCCUUCAUUCAAACCAUGCAGUGUGUCUCACAGCAUAAUAUCAGGAAUCUAUGGCGUGAAGCUCAUUACAAAUAUGUGCAGCAAUACGCAAAUGCAAUGAGCAGGUUGCAUGUUGUAGCAGUCGAUGCAGUUCGUCAAGCACUGCAAAACCUCUUGAAUUCAACAUUCACCUUACUUGACCGCCUGUCACCGUCCCUUUCUCCAGCCAGAGAAAAGGACAAAAGAGAUGGUUUGCUGUCUAAUUCUGCUUGCUGGUCCAGGUCCCACUCAGACCAUGUGUGCCCAAAUAUUCUCUCUGCAGAAUGCCUGCUGGAGACAGCAGAGAUGCUCUAUGUUCUUCUACCUUAUACCCAGUAUUCCCUCCAUGACAUUGUCACUUAUAGCCCAGCCAAGCUUGCUAACAGCCAUGCCAAAGUGCUGUUCAUCCUCUACCAACUAAUCAUUGCCCUGGAGGCAUGCCACAUAGCAGGUGUGUCUUGUGGAGAGCUGUCCCUACUGGAUGUUGCAGUAGAUGAGCAGCUAUGUGUCCGCCUCAAGCUCCACCUUGCUCACUAUGAAGAUCUAGGAAUGGAAACCAGACAUGUUGCAGAGACAGAAGUGUCAAAAGGUUGGCCUGCCAGUCAACAAUGCAUGUGUGAGUCCUAAUAACAGACUGUGCCAAGCUGUGUUGAUGUGCUCAAGAUGUUGGUUCUGGAUUGGGUUCAUGGGAAAGUUAGUAACUUCCACUACUUGAUGGAGCUCAACAGGUUAGCAGGACGGCGAGAAGGAGACCCCAAUUACCACCCAGUGCUGCCAUGGGUGGUGGAUUUCACAGUGCCAUUUGGAAAAUUCAGAGACCUAAAGAGGUCCAAGUUCAGGCUUAAUAAAGGAGAUAAGCAGCUUGACUUCACGUAUGAGAUGACCAAAGAAGCUUUGGCUGCAGCAGGGGUGGGUGGAGCAGGUGGGGGUGGUGUAUGUGGAGACCUUGGUAGUUCUGUGGGUACUGGUGUUGCUGGGCAGUCUGAACACCUUCAUGUACCUCAUCACAUAUCUGAUGUGCUCUCAGACAUUACCUACUAUGUCUACAAAGCCCGACAGACACCAAAAGCGGUGUUGUGCAGCCAUGUUAGGUCCCAGUGGGAGCCGAAUGAAUACCCAGCAAGUAUGGAACGCAUGCAAAGCUGGACGCCUGAUGAGUGCAUCCCAGAAUUCUACACAGAUCCUUCUAUUUUUUGCUCAAUCCACCCUGACAUGCCAGAUCUGGAUGUGCCUUCCUGGUGCAACUCUUGUGAGGAUUUUAUUGAGGUCCAUCAGCAACUUCUGGAGAGCAGAGAGGUGUCCCAGAAUUUACAUCACUGGAUAGACCUUACCUUUGGCUAUAAACUGUCAGGCAAAGAAGCCAUCAAGGCAAAGAAUGUGUGCCUGCACCUAGUAGACAACCACACCAGUCUGACAACUUAUGGCGUGGUUCAGCUCUUUGACCAACCCCACCCUCCUCGUUUAUCCCCUUGCCAGUAUUCCCCGGUGGAACCUCCUCUCCUAAGCCUUGCUGCUCUUAAUGUGCCUUCUCUACACAUUCCCGUCAUUGAUAUGAUGGCUGACACUGUUGAUGGAAUGGUGCCAGAGACCACAGGCUGUGAAUCUACUGGCUGGUCCAUGGAAGACCGUGAUGAUGAGCUUGAACAAGGCACAGAAGCACUAGACUCAUUAGCUUCCACUGGCCCAUCCUCUUCGGUCUCAUCUUCUGUUCCACUGCCAAACAUUAGUGCAGCAGGAGUUAAGAUAGCAGGUGAAAAUGCAGCACUUAUUGUGUCUCAGUCCCCGUGUUCAUUCCCUGGAUUCACAAGCAUUGCAGGUCCUGGUUUACGUGGUGAUCUACAGAGGGGGGUUGUGGUGAACAAAAAGCACGGGGAGGUGAACAUAACUGCUCAUAAUGCUGAAGAGGUCAAGAUUAUCCUUCCUGAAGGCUUCAAUGCCUUGCAGCCUUUAGAAGAGCUUGAGAAGUUGAACAAUUUCCUGGUAAAGAGCCUUCAGGCUGAAGUAUGGCACUCACCAAUGCCAAAUGAAACGGCAAGAGAAGUGCCAAUAAAUGACUCUCUACCUUUUACACAGCUCUAUCAAAGAGAUAUGCAGGCACUAGGUGUUCUCAUUGCUGAAAUAUUCUUCUCCUCAAAGUUGAGAGGUCUAAAACAAGGUGCCGAGCUCAGGCAGCGCUUCAGAGCUGUAAUGAAAAUGUGUUCUUCCAACCUCCGUGAUGUGCCACUGCCUCUGCAUCAUGCCCUUGAGACGCUGUUGCUAAUACGGAAGCACUCUGGAGUGUCACACAAUGACGCGUGUGACUGCCCACAUCCGCUUCUCUUCAAGUAUGACCCAAUUUGCAACGGCAUCCCUCCACCAAACCCCUGCCUGCUGUUGAACCCCAUCAUCACACCCUUUCCUUUUCCUUCCUAUUUUUCAGCACUUCAUCGUUUUAUCUUUUCUUACCACAGGAAGAUGGAAGCUAUUUGCACCCUUCAGGGGAGAGAUGUGGUCUUCCAGCUUUGGCAGCAGCUUGAGAUGCUGUUGCAUGGUAACAUCACAGCUGAAGGUCUUGAGAUCCUGUGCCAUUCAUUUCUAGCCCUCAUGCUUGAGGAUUCCACUGCUGUGUAUGCUGCUUGGUACCUUUUUGAGCCCAUCUCCACAGUGCUGGGUCCCAGAAAUGCAAACAAGUAUUUGCUGAAGCCACUAGUUGGCGUGUAUGAAAACCCUCACUGCCUGAGGGGGCGGUUCUAUCUCUACACGGACUGUUUCAUUCUCCAGCUCAUUGUAAGGCUUGGCCUGCAGGCCUUUCUCUCCAACCUUCUCCCCCAUGUGCUGCAGGUCAUCACCGGCUUUGAAAGCUGCCUCUCAGGGUCUGGUGUGGACACUUGCAAAGGGAUGAGGAUCAGCACCUGUAAUGCAGGUGAGGAAGAGGAGGAGGACUUUCACUGCGGAGAUGGGCGGCCAUCAUCAGGGUCUGUUAGCGGUAAUAUGGGAAGUAGCAGUGGAGCCAGUGCAGGCGCUGGGGUUGUGGGAGAAAGUGGUUUGGUGGACUAUUCCUCAGGCAUCAGUCUCAAUGACCAGGUGUUUCUCUCUGAGGCAGAGGACUUUCAAAAUGGGUUCUAUGUCAACAGUGGCGCAGGAUUGGCAUCUGGGAAGCAGAAAAACCACAAUACCACAUUCAAGGAACAAGACCAAGAGUCUUUGAGCGUGGGAAAACUCAGUGACAAAAGCAGCACGAGUGAGCUCUCAUUAGGUGACGGGGACUCCAUGCGGGAUCGAGCUAGUCUCAAAUCAGCUGACAGCAACCAGGAUCUCAAACAAGCCAGUGAAGGAGAGGAGGGAGGAGAGCUGGAGGAAGAAGAAGUAACAGAGACUAACGAGGGUAAACGGGGAGAAGGUGACCCUGCUGUACCAGACCUGGAACUCUCUGGCUACACAGCAGAUUCAGGAACUACAGUUGCCACUCUUGAGGGAGAGUUUGUGAACGGAAUGGCUCUGGAAGAAAAUGACAAAGGAAUUUUAGGAGAACACGAGGAAGAGGAUGAUAACGAUCCUUCAGAACAAUCUGAGGAGAAAGAGCAAAAAAUUCUUCUUGACACAGUUUGCAAAACUGUUAGAUGGUUGUCUGCAAAGCUUGGACCUACGGUGACUUCUCGAUAUGUGGCCAGACAUUUGCUGCAUUUGCUGACUAAUUGUUACAUUGGGCACCAGAACCACCGGUUUGUGCUUCCUGCUUCAGAAGAGAGCAGACUGGAAAGUGUGGGAAUGGGCAGCGUGUAUGAGAGAAAACCCAUAGUUGGUGACCAGACCGCGAUCCCUGUGUUGGAUUGUCUGAUCUACAUAGCUCAACUUUAUGGAGAGCCUGUCCUCACCUAUCAGUAUCUACCCUAUAUAGGCUUUUUGGUUUCUCCACCUUCUUCGCAGCGCCUAAACACCCGUAAGGAAGCAAGCCUGCUUGGCGCUGCUGUGCUCGCGCAAAAGAUUAUUGUUUUUCUCUCUGAUACCACUCUUAUGGACAUGCUUAUGAAGAUUAACCGGGAUGUCCUGCUACCACUACUGGACCUACUCACUUCUCCACGUAUGGGGUUUCCCAGUGGGGUGCAGACACGCACUGUUGUUUGUCUGAAGACGCUCAGUCUGAUGGCUCUGAUCUGUUUACGUAUUGGGAGGGAGAUGGUGCAACAGCAUAUGGCCGACACUCUGAGUCGGUUCUUCGCUGUUUUCUCCUUUCUGCAUUGUCUGAAGCCUCAGUUGGACAGCGCCCCUCGCAGGAUUGUUGGAGAAGUUACAGUGGUGGACGUUUGCACACCAGAGGGGUCAAAUGUGACAUACGAGUUGGGAGUACUUGAGGAGUUGCAGGCAGUGUUUGACCCUGAGAUGGCCUACGCCUCCUACAUUCUUUACUGUCUCAUCGGUGAUGCAGCAAUUCGCAAACUGGUCCCAAACCAUGAGCUGGUGUGGCAGCUGGCUCAGUCCUGUCAUCAGAACACUGGCCCAGGGAGUCCAGAUGCUAACCUCCCAGCAGCAUCGCGGCUGGAAGUACAUCCCUCCUCCUUCAGCAGACAUCCCACUGCACAGUUCAGUAACCCCUCCCCUCUGGCUGACUCCCUCCCUGAGUCUGGCAUGUUUGGCAGCCACCUGGUGGGAAACCGUAUCCAAGUGUCCCGGGACACUGAUUAUGGAGGUAAUUCCAGACUGGGCUUGGCCAACUCCUGGGGGCACUCUCACAGCACCCUUUCUGUUCCCAUCAACUCCACCGUCUCCUCUUUCAACGCUGCAGCUGCUGGUGCAGUGUUUUCUUCGUUUGUCACCUCCUGGCUUAUAGGCUCCACCCCUGAGGACAGUGCCCUGAAGCAGGAGCUCCCUCGCAGCGGCCGCUCCUUGCAGGGCAACUGGCUGGCCUACUGGCAGUAUGAGAUUGGCCUCAACCAGCAGGAUCCGCGCUUUCACUUCCACCAAAUCCGACUUCAGAGCUUCCUGGGUCACUCAGGCACCACAAAGUGUUUGGCGACAUUAGUGGGAGAGGAUUACUUUCUUUCUGGAAGUAAGGACAAGACUGUAAAGCUUUGGUCCCUCUAUAACUACGGUGAUGGAACACAGGAGGUGGAGCCUAGACUGACUUAUAACGACCAUCGAAAAUCAGUCUUCUAUGUCGGACAGCUUGAAGCUUCGCAAGAGAUCGUCAGCUGUGACGGGACUGUACAUCUGUGGGACCAGUAUACAGGCAAACAGAUUCGCUCCUAUGAAGCUGUGGAUGGAAAGAAUCCCAUUACAGCCGUCAGCACCAUGCCAGCUCCACACUGCAGCGUCGUCUUUGGCAGCGGAGAUUCUGUUCUCCGCUUCAUCGAUCCUCGCAAACCAGGACUGCAGCAUGAAUUUCGUCUGGCGUACAACAAUGUAAACGCUGGCCUCAUCCGGUAUCUGGCAGUGAGCCCCACAGGGCGCACUGUCGCUGCCGGUUUCUCGUCUGGCUACAUUGUUCUGCUGGAUGCGCGCACAGGGCUUGUUCUGAAGGGCUGGCCGGCUCAUGAAGGAGAUAUUCUCCAGAUGAAGGCUGCAGAGGGAAACUUGGUCAUCAGUUCAUCCACUGACUACACACUCACUGUGUGGAAAGAUCUGGAGUCGAAGCCUCUUCGCCAGUACAGGUCACAGUCUGACCCCAUCCAUGCUUUUGACAUUUAUGGUUCAGAGAUUGUGAUUGGAACGGUGGCCAACAAGAUCGGGGUGUACUCUAUGGCCGAUAUCUCCCUGAACCCCGACAGCAGCAUGAAGCUGAGCUCGGAGAACUUCCGCGGCACUUUGACCAGCUUAGCGGUCCUGCCCACCAAGAGGCUUCUACUGCUGGGGUCUGAGAAUGGCGCUAUCCGAUUACUAGCGUAGGCGGAAAUCUGUGGCCGUCAGCUGCACUAAAGAGUCUUAACCACUGACCUGAAAGUGUCUUAUUCAUGAAAACACCAGAGGCCAGAUGCAACGAGUGAAGACUAAACAUCUGUACGCACAAAAACAGGCAUAGGUAUGUGAACCGUGUGUACCCUUGGUUUGCCUUAUGUACUUUGGUCUUUACGAAGAAGCACUCGGGCAUGAGCCUUAUCCACACUUACAGUUAGGACCAUAAGUAUUUGGACAGUGAUCUUCUGUAAUUUGGGCUGUGUGCAUCAUCACAACAUAGCUGAAAUGAAACAAUCACGAUGUGCUUGUAGAGUCUUUAAGUGAAGGAAAUGAACAAAAAUAUCAUGUUAACCAUUUAGGAAUUGCAGCUGUUUUUAUACACACUCUGUCCAUUUUCAGAGGCCAUAAGUAAUUGCAGGAAUUAAUACGAAGAUUAUUUUUAUUGAAUUGGAUCCAUUUUACAGCCAGUUUUCUUUGGACAAGUCGGGUAAUGGUACAUGAACAUUUCCAAGUCAGUAAAAUAUGUCUUGGACUUUAUUUAAAACAAGUAUGAGGAAAUACAAACAGUGUGGAGCGUGCAGUUUUCAAAAGCUGAGUUACUGCAUAAGAAUGAGAUUAGUGAGGGAAGCCAUGAAGACAGCCAUAAAACUCUGAAGGAGUUAUAGGCUUCUGUGGAUGUGAUUGCAGAAACUGUGCAUACGUACCCCCUUGGAAAGCCUACAAUACCAGUCGUGGUGUACAGAAUGACAAUAAUGAUAAUAAAAAGGUCACUGUCCAAAUACUUAUGGGCCUGAGUGCGUGCCUCUUAUCACACUGGAAAUUUAUACGUCAUGAUUUAUUUGGGUUGGACACCUUGUGAGUUCUCACGGUUCCUAUACCUGUAAUUGUGUUGUUAGCGUGGGCUAAUCAUGAUGUGUUUUUAAGUCAAAUUAUUUAUUAAAAACAGCUGUUGGGUUCGUAGCCUUAAGUUAUCCAAUGAAUCAAUUUUGAACCAACAUACAUUUUGUACACAAUGUUAGGAAGCUCCUUUUCAUGCUAGUUACUACUUAAAUCGUGAGCUAACAGUUACUUCAAUGAAAUGUGUUUGUAUUAGAAACUGACUGCAAACUAUGCCAGUCCCUUUUCUGAAACACUUUACAAUAUGGCGUAGCAGCAUUUUAAAAGAUGGAUUAUGUGUCACGGCUUGUUAAUAUCAGGGCUAAUGCCGUUUCAGACACAGCUUCCAUCAUAUCAGAGGUUAGCAGUGACAGUAGCGCUUGUUAUCGGGUGUUUUUGCAAAUUGUAUGUUUGAGUUGGCCAGAGUUGGCAUAUCUGCACAAAUUAUUGAAAAAAACAAUUUCCCUUCUUGAGCAAAUGCAACAUUUGGGUCAGAGGGUAAUAAAAUAGAUUGAAAUACAAUCAGAAUAUUUGUUGCCAAAAACAAACGUGUGUAUAUUUACAAAAAUAGUUUCACAGCAUUGAGAUCUAUCCUCAAGCAAAUAUGGUAGUGAUGACUAGUAGAACGGCAGCAUUUUAUUCCAAUCCAUAGUCCCAAUACUGAAUAAAUCACUAGAAUACUUGGAACAAAGCCAUGUGUAGGUCCACCUGCAUCACAUCGGUAAUCGGCACAGUCAUUACAUGACUAUGGUUUUAGGGAACAAGUAGCCAGUCAUUGGGGACUUUAAGCAGCGGCCUGGCUUUAGGAAUUAUGGCAUGGUACGGAAUUAUGAAUGUGUGGUUUAAAGCAAUAUGAUUUAGUUGUUGACACCAUCUAGCAGUAAAGUUUCAGAUUGUAAAGACCCUGUAAUCGUGUUCUCAAAGAGGAUGAUGGUCAGAUCAUGUGGGAAAAUGUUAAUGUUUCUGCGUGAUCUCAGUUCCAGCGAAGAUUGCUCCAUCAACUCUGACUCGAAUGUUGCUUCUCAAGUAGAUUAGGAUGAGUAGCAUCUAGACCCCCGUAUGGUUCAGUAACCCUCAGCUCUAGCAUUUACAGAGGUUCAGCAAUGUCUGCAUAUAGUGAUGCCAUGUCACCUUAAGUUUAUAUUUCCAUUUUUACAGCAUUUUGAUCACAGUUGUAACCGUAAAUUGACAUCGGCACUUGAAUUGUAGCCAAACCUUGUUCUGCAAGUGUAGCUCGUAACUACACUUGUGCUGAUUUAUUAGGUGUUUAACAAUGAAAGAUACAAAGCAAAAGCUUGACAAGCAGAAUAAUAAUAAAAAAGAUAAAACUUAACUGUGCGGACUGCCUGUAUAGCCAAAAUAAGUGUUAGAAUCCUGAUUUAGUCUCAUUAGUGUAACUUUUCUUUGCAGUGUCACCACAAGGAACGCUCGUCGUUUUCUGUAAAUAUGUUUGUGUGUGGUUUGUACAUCUGGCCCCUGGUGUGUGGCAUCCGCUCUUUGCCUCUCAUUUUGUGACUGAGCUCAGCAAGACUGGUAGCACAAGUUAUCACUUCCUCUAAAUUUCUUUGAGAACGAGGGCACGCAAGCACACGUUUGUACGAGCUUCAUUUCAGCUACAUCCUGGCCGCCCUGAUGGACCAUUAGAAUGUCAUGUUAUUAACGUCUUGUACAGUAAAGCACAUAAAUUUUCUUUUCUUUAAAAUAAAAAAAGGUUUUUGCCUAUACAUGUGUAUAUGUAGUAUACUGUAUACUCUGACCAUCUUAUCUGAAUAAGGUCAUUUUUUUGACAGAUCACUUAUUGUUUUCAAAAGAAAGAAUUAGAAUUAAGUACUCAGGAAGGUGGAACCAAGUGUGGUUAUUAUGUAGUGUUUACACUUUCAAAUAGAUGCAACCACCAAAAAUAGAAUAACCAUAUCUUUAUUCCCCCUCUUAAUAUUCCAUUACGUACCUACCCAAUGCACUGAUCAAACUAUGCAGUAUUUCUUGAACAAAAUUGUCUUAAUAUGUUUGUGUUAACAUUAUUGGGUUUUUUUUUACAUGGUGAACAAUAAAACUAUUCUUGCUGUUUGUUGAUAGUCUCAAUAUGUCGUUUUAUGUCACGUGCAAAAGUCGGUUACUGAUGCAGAACCUCGAAAUCUGCUGCACAAAUACGGCCUAAAUUGUAACAUUGAUUCUCGCUUUUUUAAGACAGGAUGUUUUUAUCCACUAAUAAAUGACUUGAAU